AUGUGCUUCUUCUUCCCCGGUUGGUGUCUGCCGUUUUCUCUCUGGUUCGCGCCUCUUUCUUUUUCUUCCGAGAGGAGGAGGAGGAGAAGGAGGAGGAGAGAUAUAGAUAAAGAAGAAGAAGAAGAAGAAGAAGAAGAAGAAGAGGAGAAUCCAUCGAAGAACUCCUCGUGCGGCUCGGCGUUCACCGCGUGCACAGAAGGUCGACCGAGCGAAGAGAAUGCUUUCGCGAGACCGAUGAUCAGGAAGAAGACGACGGUGGAGAUGGCAGAGAGGAAAAGACAGUUGAGAAGAGAGAAGGAAGAAGAAAACGAAGAAAGAGACAAAGGAAAGGUUAAGGUUGCCUCUCCUGGUAUCACGACUACUCUUUUCAGCAUAUCUACGCCACGCGAGGAGAAGGAAGGAAAUAAAGAAGAAGGUGGAAAAGAAGAGAAGGAUAAUAACAACAACAGCGUCGUCGCGAGAAUCGAGUCCGGGCGGUCGUUUUCGUACGCCGGCGAAGAGAUCGUCUCGAAAGAAAGGAGGAGAGAGGAAGAUGGAGAAGAAGAAGAAGAAGAAGAAGAAGAAGAAGGCGAUGAAGGAGAGGAAGGAGAAGAAGGAGAAGAAGACAAACGAUCGAAAAAAGAGGGACUUCGAUCGGAGCAAAUUCUUAAAGAGCUUAGAAAUGAAGGCUUGUUGGACUCGAUACAGAGUUCGACCGCGAAAUAUUGGAAAGAGUUAGCCGCGAAGCGGAAGAAGACGAAGAAAUCGUUCGGAAACAGUUGA